UCAGGCAUGUUGGUUUGCUUCAACAAACCCAGGAACCAGAACUGGUCAAUUUGUGGGGAAGAAUAUACUGAAUAUUAUUGAUAAGUGAACCGUCACAGCCAGUGGUGAAACAACACUCACAAAUGUGCCGCAGUUAUUAUUUCUCCAUCCAUGUGUGGCUUUUUCUUCUCUGGGGAGGAAAGUGCAUCUUGGGUCAUAAAAUUGACACGUCAGAUACUCGAAUCACACCAUCCCUCCCUGGAUUUGGGAACCUCACCCAGGGAUACAACAGAUAUCUCAGGCCAAAAUUUGGUGGUGAGCCUGUGGUGAUAGCAAUGAGUCUUGCUGUUGCAAGUAUUUCCAGCAUUUCUGAGAGUGAUAUGGACUACACAGCAACAAUAUAUUUGCGGCAGCGCUGGACAGAUCCUCGCCUGGUUUUUCAGGGGAACAAAAGUUUUACUCUGGAUGCUCGGUUGGUGAAAUACCUGUGGGUGCCUGACACAUAUAUUGUGGAUUCUAAAAGGUCUUUCUUACAUGAGGUCACAGUAGAGAAUCGGCUUAUACGGUUGUUCUCCAAUGGCACUGUCUUGUAUGCAUUGCGAAUCACUACCACGGUUGCAUGUAACAUGGACCUAUCAAAAUAUCCUCUGGAUACACAGACAUGUAAACUGCAGAUGGAAAGCUGGGGAUACGAUGAAAAUGAUGUACUGUACACUUGGUUGAGAGGAAACGAUUCAGUCCAUGGUCUUGAGAACUUGCGACUUUCCCAGUACACAGUGGAGCAUUAUUACACCCUUUUAACAAUGUCGCAUCAGGAAACAGGCACUUACCCAAGACUGGUAUUACAGUUUGAGCUCAAGAGAAAUAUCCUUUAUUUCAUUCUGGAAACGUAUGUACCAUCCACUCUGCUUGUCAUUUUGUCCUGGGUUUCUUUCUGGAUCACCCUGGAUUCGGUGCCUGCAAGAACUUGUAUUGGAGUAACAACCGUGCUGUCAAUGACAACUCUGAUGAUGGGCUCUCGAACCUCAGUAACGAAGACCAACGGUUUCAUAAAAGCCAUUGAUAUUUACCUGGGCAUUUGCUUCAGCUUCAUCUUUGGUGCUUUGGUGGAAUAUGCAGUAGCUCACUAUAUCACCUCUCAAAAGGGUUCUACAAACAAUGUUACCAGAGAAACAGAAGAGGUCACCAGCACCAGCAUCUUUAAUACUUCUGUCACCAGCUACAAUCAAAAGAUAAACUUUACUGCCAUUGAUAAUGUCACCUAUGGUGGCUUAGCUAUGAAUCCAAAGGACAAAAUUCGGUUUAUUUUGAGGAACAAAAUGCGCAAAGUCGUCAGCUAUUUCACAAUUCAAAAUCCAAGCAACAUUGAUCACUAUUCCAAAUUGCUAUUCCCUGUAUUUUUUGCAGUAGUUAAUUUGUUUUACUGGGCAUAUUACUUGUUUUUUUAAGAAAGAACAAGUCCUUAUCAAAUAGGAACUGAGUCGGUCACAGUGUGGUGUACUCAGGAGUUCACUUUCAGCUAGUGUGAAUGAUGUUGUGGAUGUGGCGUAUAUGUCAGGCGAUUGCUUUUGACUGGGAAAUGUGUGCUUGUUUAUAAGAACGUUUUGGCAUGUGGUGACUUUGGGGAAAGCCUUGCCUGUGUUGCCUUCUGGCCUCUCCAAACUGUGGUGGGUAUAACUAUUGCUGCACAUCAAAGAUCUGUCCGAAACCCAGCAUUGAUAGUAUUAUAGCAAAAGCCAAAUCCUGUGCAUGGCAGCACAUAGACAUGACUGUGGAGCUAAAGCAAGUAGGAGCUAAAUAAAGGCGUGCCUCUUCUUGGAGCCAUUGCACAUUAAGAUGAUUAGGCCUUGUGACCCAUUGUAUUUUAAGGCUGUACAAUUAUUUUGCAUUGUCAACACAGCUAAGCCCUGGCAUGCCAUUUUACAUUUGUGCCAAACAUUAUUUUCAGCUAGUUGUUUUCAAUUGCUUGUGCACAGCCUUCUGCCAGCCUGCGGAUGUUUCCCAGCGGUCUCAGGUAAGAUCGUCACUGUGAGGUGAUGAUGAGCAAGAGGUUUUGUUAUCAUCUUCUUUCAAUAUCUUAUAGAUCUUGGCACAUCCUGACAAUGUACAAGAUGCUGUUUAACCAAUAAAUAAAUCUCUCACCACAUCAGCACUUUAGGAUCUCCAGUAACAACAGUUAGAUGCUCAUUUAAUAUAUGCAAACCAAAAUCAGUUUGAUGCAGAUAAGUUUUUUUAUAUGUCUCCCCAACUUCAAAUGGAAAGCAUAAAGGAUUUUUGAGAGGGUUUGAAAAAAUCCUGUGUUUGAAAAUUGAGUUCAAUACCUAAAAUGAGUUCAAUACCUAUGCCCGAUACAGUGCUGGCCCAAGACAUUUUGCCUCCUGAGGUGAAGGACAAAAUGGUGCUCCCUCCCCAUUCAAUAUAUAGAAGCCAACUGGAUGUGCCGCUGAAUCUUACUUCAGCACUAGAAACACUAUACCUAAGUCAGCAGUCUAAUUUAGGGAGCUGAGAACAGGCCAUAUGGCUGGCAUGCAGUUUUGUCCUCCAACAGAGGGGAACAUCUGGAGGUCUCGGAAGGAAUGGGAUGCCACCACCACUGCUCCCCCUAAUAUCUGCCAUCUGAGGUGGUUGCUUCAUUCUGCCUAAUAGUAGGAUAGCUCCAGCCCCACAACAACACUAUGAAAUAACUUACAUUUGCUGCUUUAUAACUUGGAGGCUACAAGCCACAUGGUCAGACUUUUGUGUUUUCAAAGAUGCUGUAUAUGUGUGCUUUGUCUUUGUAUGUAUUCUUUUCACAUAUUCUCUGUUUCUUUCUUUUUGGCUUAUGAAGAACACAGUGUUGAAACUCUUUUUUGGGAAGAGUCUUGGAAGGAGACUGAAUUAGGUCAGACAAAUUUAAG